GCUCGCGGGCCGUAGGUGGCGCACCCGCGAGGACUUGGCGGGGGUCCGGCAGUGGGCGCCGCGGCGCUGCGAGGCUCUGCAGCAUGUGCCUGUGCUGUAGGGAGGACGACGCUGUCCAAGUCAACGCCGAAGGCUCAAAAUGGCAUCAUCCUUCAGACGUCACUGAAAGGCAGUCCACAGAUAAACGUAUAGAGCGUAUGCAAAACCUAAGGAAACAGAAGAGGAAAUUUAGUAAACGGUUUUCAAGGCCUGCCCCUGUUCCAGAACCAGGACUCCUAUGGACAUAAAGCUGAAGUCUGUAUGGAAGAAAUCAUGCCGGACCAAAAUAUGCAGAUUUCUAACAUCAAGUGGCAUUUUGUGAUUUGACUUCGUUUGAAAAAUAAAGACAAUGCUCUGCCAUUUCAGCAAAAUAAACAGUGCAACCAUUUAACAUCCAAGCUACAGGGUCUAGAAUUGUAUUAAAUACCGUAUCUUACCACCACUUUCUUUUCUGUGGUAAUUUGAGAUUUGCUUCUUUUCAACAAAUAAUAAUAUGCAUAAGCCUUUGAAAACGAUGUAUUCAUGUUUACAUUUUUACAAUUGGAUUUACAACUUAUUUAGAGAUUUAGAAUUAUGCUUUAAUAAUAGGGGGAAAUAAGUUUCCUCUGCUGUAUAUUUAUAAUGACUUGUGUUUAAACAAAAUGUUUAAAAUCUUUAAACAGUCCUAGGAAAGAGUUUUGUUUUGUUCUGUU